AUGCAACUAAAAGAGACAAAAGAGGUGAAAUGCCUAUUCAUUUGGCAGCACUUGGAAGGCCAUGUUGACGUCAUUCGCGCUUUGCUCCUAUAUUCCCCCGAAGCAGAGGAGCUGCUCGACAACUCUGUUCAAAAUAUUCUACACAUUGCUGCUUGGACUGGACGAUAUAAUGUGUUCCAUUAUGUUCUCAACAAUCCAAAACUCAGCUCCCUCAUAAACAUGAAAAAUAAAUCCGGAGACACGCCCCUGCAUAUUGCCACCAGGAAUGAUCAUGCUAAGAUAGCCAGUACCUUAACCUGGGACCAGCGGGUUGACAUUAAGGCGGUUAACAACAAUCAAAAGACAGCCCUUGAUGUUGCUUAUGAAAAAGGGAUAUAUAAUCCUUCUUUUACAAAGCGUUUGACUUGGGCUGCUCUGAAAUCUGCAUCUGUUCCUCAAAAUUCAGAUUCAUAUAGGAUUGUGAACGUCAACUUGGAUGUCUAUAAGGAAAGAGUAAACACUCUCACCAUGCCUGGUGGCUACAUUAGCUCUGAAACUGGCACUGAUUUGGGCAUGGCAACAUUGUGGAGUGACACGGUGUUCCACGUUUUUGUUUUAUGCGACACUAUAGCCAUGUAUACUUCAAUCCUUGUUGUUACUGCUCUCAUCUGGGCUUAA